AUGGAGUGCUACGAUGAUCAAGUCUCGAAGAUGUCAGUCCUGGCAAAGUUUUUGCGAGAGAGGCAUUCCAAGGAGCGGCUGCUGGCCAAGUGCUUUAGUCAGGGUGUUCAGGGCGAGGCUGUUUUCAAGGAAGCAGUGGCAAAGUUCCGGUCUCAAUGCUAUCGUGCUCGCUGGGGCACGGUUGCUUCAUGCGCUUUGGAUCUGCAGGAAGUGUUGCCCUCGUUGAGGUGGGGUUGGAGCUUGCCAAAGUAUCUGGACGGAGGUGCCGUCGCCGGUCAAGGCGAAGCAGAAGGUGCAUCCAUUGCAGAUGUCGAUGCACUCGUGCGAUGCCCCUUCUUUGAGGCAUACCUGUCCAUGCUGGUGCUCUUAUCAGAAGUAACGUUGCAUUUGAUUGCAUGGUCAGAAAGCUGCCCGUGCCACUGGCAUCUUCUCACAGGUGGUGGUUCAAACGCACUGGAUGCUUCGACUAGGUGUCUCCUGGAAACAUGCCCGAUGCGGGGCCGUCGUGCCCCGGAGUUGGCGUUGAAUGACUUCAUGCAAGAGCUUUCUGCUUUGUCAUCACAUGGGGCUACGUCAUUGGUUCAAAAUUUUCCACCGGAUCUUCCAGCAGAGGAACGAACCAAGGUUGUGCAAGACUUCGAGAUGGGCCUCGCUCACCAUGAUCAGGAGCGUGCUCGUGAGGUCUGGAAUCGUAUCCGGUGUCUUUCUGAGGAGGGGCCUGAGGCUGUCCGGCUUCGCAAGCACUUGCCUCGCUUGUUCUCGCCAGACGUCUUGCAGCAGGGUGACCAAUGGUGUUGCGGGGCAGAUUUGACUUCGUGCCCGUUGUUUGCAGCUGAGGUGGCAGGCUUGGCAUUAAUCCCCACUGCAGAGCGACGUGUGGAAUCCCAGCAUGCCCGCACACAGAAGGGCUCCAAGAAGAGCCCAUGCCACAGCCCAGCAUACAUGUCUUUGCAGAUCCGAGCCAAAGACCUGCGAGAGGCGAUGUGCGGAAACCCCAAGGAUUUCGUUGCACAGCUUGCACCGUGUGUGAAUCAGUGCCGAAGCUACAAGAAGGCGGUGCAAGCCAUGAGGCUGGGGCUGCAUCCAGCAGCAGCAAAGGGGUCUUCUGCGGUCCGUGACAGGCGUCUUCGAGAUCUGUUAUAUCGUGCCGACAUGUUGAGUCAACAUCAGAAUAUGCCAGAAGUGUUUGUGCGUGACCCAGCCACAAAUUCGGCUCGGCGGCCAGCGCCCCCAACAGCAGAGGAGCAUGCAGUUGAGGCGACAGCACUGGGUCCGAUUCUCAAGCGACUUGCUUUGGAACAUGUGCUUGAUCGUUUGCCUGUUGUUCGGAACUCAGGAGAACCUGUGGUGUUUGCUGUUGCCUAUGAGUCCGGAGCUUUCUCCUUGCUUCGUGAGUUCUUGCUGCCCUCGCAGCAGCAGCCGAUGCCCAUGUUGACAUACUCGUCGCCUGAGGUGGUUGCAUCCGAGGACAUAGUUGAGAUAUCCGGCCCUGGCCCUCGCAGAGAAGUAGAUGUUCUCUUUCAGAAAAUCAGCCAAGCAGAAGCAACACAUCAUCAGAUGACAGGCGUGUUUUUCAAGUUGUUGCCAUCCAUGUCGAAGAUGAAACGCUUCCAAGCUGACGGUGAGCUGCGACUGAGCAGCACGGACCUCCCGAUCGCAUUGCUUCGGGCGGCUUCCUUCAGCCAGGAGCGCAGAGAGCUGCUCGUUGACUCGGAGCUGCUUAACAUGAGGUCUGCAGUCCGAGGCCUCGCUGUGGACGACAUUCCUUGUGUGCUUUCAUUUAGCAGCUUGUCCUUGUCGCAGCUGAAGUCCUUGAGAGUGUUGAAAGUUGACCCCAGCAUUGUGUAUUGUUUGCGGGCUUGCCAAGACUACUCGCCUCCCCUGUCAGAUUCGCGGGCCUUACGAGUCGUGCUUGAGAAGAUUUUCUUGAAAGGCAAGGCAGGCGUGACGGACACAUCGUCUUUCACGGCUGAGCAACGAUCACUCCUGUUGCCCUUGCAGCAAAACGGUCUGCUGACUGAGGACCCACCAUUCAAACUCACAGACAAAGGUUUGCGACACGUUUGUUUGGCCAAUGCCGUUACCCAGCCACGUCUUCUGCUUGCGAAGUUGCCUGUUCCACCGGUGGAGCAGUCGAAGUGGCAGCUGUUGCAAACACUGUUGGACAACGGCUGGGAAGCACGUGCUUGCCGUGCCAGCCAGUGCCGAAAAGCUGAGUCCUUUGAUCACCGGGCGGCUGCGCCUGAUAGCAAGAUCUUGUUCCUUGUGCAGCAAAAAUCCGGUGUUGUGGUUGAUCGCUUGUACCUGCUCGCUUUGACGUUGGCUGUGCAGCAUGAAUUGCAGCCAGUUCCGCACGGUCGAUCAGCAGAUGUGUACAGAAGGCUCCUCGCGGGUGUUCCCGAUCUUGCGCUGCCAGAGCCACGGGCACCACGUGCACGAGUGCGUGCCUUCCGUGCCAUUGCGGAUGGCGAUGAAUGGUUAGAUCAUGUGCCUGUGCCUGUGCCUGCACGCAAGAAAAGACGAGUGAAACAGCAGCGGCAGCAACAUCCCCAGCCGCUUCCAGAGGGCGGUGCUCAUCCUCACCCGGCAGUUGAUGAUAUCGGUGAUGCAUCUCCUGUUGAUGCUGCUUUGGAGGAUGCCCAGGAUGGUCCCGACGGUUCCGAUGAUGCCGGUGAUGUCGAUGAGUUGCUUCGCAUGAUAGACGAGAUCGACGAAGAUGAAGUAGCAGCUGAAGUUGAAACUGAGGCAGCUGAGGCUGCGGCUGAGGCAGUUGCAGGCGACAACGGUGGCGGAGUGGCGGCCAUAUUGCAGGACGUCUUGCAUCCAGUGCAUGCAGCAGAGCCUAAUUCCGGCAGCAGUGGGAGCACCUCAGAGUCCGAUUCCAGCACUGGCAGUUCCGAUAGCAGCUCAGGCUCAGGUGAUUCAAGUGGCAGUGGCAGCGGCUCUGGCAGCCUCUCCACCGGCAGCGGAGCCACAGACGGUGCACCGGUGCCGGCUCCCAAAGCGAAGGCGAAAGCAAAAGCAAAAUCAAAGGCUAAAGGCAAGGCGAAGGCUCGUGCCGGACUCGGCGGUGCGCUCGGGCCCCUUACCUUUUUCUGGAGAGGCUGUAAGUUUACUCCCAUCAAGGGCAGUGAUGGGACAACAACUGGAUACGAGGCCACCUGCAAGCACGAAGCACAUGAGCAGUGCCGUCGGACACUCCUGUUCUCUGCUCAUGGCGGGGAAGAUAAUACGCUGCUCAAGUUGAAGUGGUGGUGCCUUGAAGCAAGGCACUAUCCGGACAGGCGGGCCCAUGUUCAUCGGUGCCCGUAUAACAUUCGUGGUGCGGCACCCACGGCAGCUCAGCUGGAUGCACAAAGCUUCGACUCCGACUGA